GUGGCCACCGAAGGGGGCGUGUCCGAGGAGGGGGCUCGCGCGGUGGGUGCGGAGGGCGCGGCAGCGGCGGCCAUGGACGGGCGGCCCGGACCGAGGCCGACCCCCGAGGGCCGCCGGGAGCGCUCCCGGGACGCCGCCCGGUGCCGCCGCAGCCGCGAGGCCGAGGUGUUCGGGCAGCUGGCGCUGGCUCUGCCCUUCGCCCGCGGGGUCAGCGCCCACCUGGACAAAGCGUCCAUCAUGCGCCUGACCAUCAGCUACCUCCGCGUGCAGCGGCUGCUGGCUGCCGGUGCGUGGGCAGCGGCUGCCGAGGCUGUGGACGGCUGUUACCUGCAGGCUCUCAGCGGCUUCGUGAUGGUGCUGAGCGAGGGGGGGGACAUGAUUUACCUGUCCGAGAACGUCAGCCGCCUGCUGGGGCUCAGCCAGCUGGAGCUGAUCGGGCACAGCGCCUUCGACUUCGUGCACCCCUGCGACCACGAGGAGCUGCAGGACGCGCUGGGGCCCCGGCAGGGGUCUCUCCGGCUGCGGGGGGAGCGCUCGUGCCUCAGUUUCUCUCUGCGCAUGAAGAGCACCCUGAGCGGCCGCGGGCGCUGCCUCAACCUCAAAGCGGCGUCCUGGAAGGUGCUGCACUGCGCGGGGCACAUGCGCACGUACUCGGGGCCGGGCUCGGGGCCCGUGCGGUGCCUGGUGCUGAUUUGUGAGGCCAUCGCCCACCCCGGAGCCAUCGAGGCCCCGCUGGGCUCGGGCACCGUCCUCACCCGGCACUCCAUGGACAUGAAAUUCACCUACUGCGACGACAGGAUCGGGGAGGUGGCCGGGUACCACCCCGAGGAGCUCCUGGGCUGUUCCCUGUACGAGUUCGUGCACGCGCUCGACUCCAACACCCUGAGCCGCAGCGUCCACACCCUUCUCAGCAAGGGCCAGGCUGUUACCAGCCACUAUCGGUUCCUGGCCAAGCGCGGGGGGUUCCUCUGGGCACAGACCCAGGCCACCGUGAUGGGCGGGGGGCGAGCGGCCCCCGAGGGCAUCGUGUGCCUGCACUUCGUGCUCAGCCGUGUGGAGCAGAGGGGUCUCGUGCUGUCCCUGGGGCAGAGCCAGCGGCAGCAGCCGGGGGGGGGGGGGGCGGCGACCCCCGGGACCCCCGGGACCCCCGGGACCCCCCCCCGAGAGCGUCCUGGAGCUGGGACUGGGUGA